UUCUUAAUUGAUCUCACAUUCUCACUUGAUCUCACAUUCUCAUUUAUCCAAUGAAGGGUUUUUACCUACGUCCGUUUUAACCCGAUCCGACUCCCCCAUUUGCCUGUUUUACUAAGAGCAUUAUCAUAUCCAGUAACAGAAUUCACGUCUUUCCCAUCAAUCCCGCUCUUUGUUUUCUGCAAUUUAUUUGUCUCAGUCGCCAAACUCUGACGGUUGGUUGUUUUUGGAAAAACCAAGAGACAACUCAGGCCUUUCUACGCUUUCUCUUUCUGGCAGGAGAAGAGGACGCUUCAUAUUCUUGUUCUCUUCUAUUCUUCUUUCUCUUCGUAGAUUCACUAGCGUGCUUCUGUGCACACCAGAUGUUUGUGGAAAAUCCAAAGGGGUCUCCAAUUGGGUCGAUAGAUAUCCAAGGAGUUGAGCAAGACGGUACCCGCAAACAACAACGCUCCUUCCCCAUAUGGAGUUCGGAACCCAAAGGCAAUCGUUGAGUGAACUGUAUCUAGUAUAUACGUUCGGAACCCAACGCUCCUUCCCCAUAUUUAUCAUCAAAAUGAACUGAAAGAAAACAAAAUGCUGUUGGCAGAUCUUGACAAUAAGUUAUCCAAGCUGACUUCAUUCACCUCCCCCUCGAGUUGUUGCAUCUACAGAGUUCCGGAGCGUCUAAGUAACAUAAGUGAAAGAGCUUACACGCCUCAGGUAGUCUCCAUCGGUCCUUUCCACCGUGGCAAGGAAAAAUUGAAGUUCAUGGAAGUAGAAAAACAGAGAUACCUGAAGGAGUUUCUCGAUCGAACGAAAAUAAAAUUGGAGGAGCUUGCUAACUUAAUCACAGUUGAUAUGGAAGCGAGAAUACGAAGCUGUUAUUCUGAAGAAAUACCAAUGGAUCGCAAAACAUUUGUUGAAAUGAUCCUGCUGGACUCCAUCUUCAUCAUUGAAGUCUUGUUGAGGAACACCUACCCGACACUGAAAAAUGAGAAGCAAGAUCACAUUUUUAAGCAGCCGUUUUUGAUACAAGACAUUUGGUAUGAUAUGUGGUUGCUUGAGAAUCAAAUUCCAUUCUUUAUUCUUGACGAAUUUCUCAACCUGAACGACGUUGUUAGCACUAUCCCUGAAGAGACUUACUACCCAACAAUCAUCUAUCUUGCUUACAAAUUCUUCGAGAGUUUGGAGGCAGUAAAUGGGAAAUUAAAAAAGUUGGCGGAUUGUAAGGAAGAAGUGAAACAUUUCACUGAUUUUUUGAGAAUUUGUCAUCUGCCAUCGGAACAGCCGCCUCGCCCGAGAGAAAAAAGGGUUAUAACAGCGCCAAGCGUGACACAGCUUCAUCAAGCUGGAGUCAAAUUCAAAUUGAGCCAAAGCAAUGAGUCAUUCGACAUAAAAUUCGAAAGGGGCACUUUGCAUAUUCCGCAAAUGAAGGUCCAGCUUGAAACUGAAUCGUUGUUUCGAAAUAUGAUCGCCUUUGAACAGCGGCAUUGCACUGACAAUUAUAUCAAUGAUUAUGUUUUCAUCAUUCAUCAGCUUGUGAAUACGCCCAAAGAUGUGGAACUACUUGUGGAGAACCAGAUUAUUGAGAAUUGGCUGCCGGAUAAAGAGGGACUAUCGAAGCUUAUCAACAGCCUUUCAGGCGGGAGUACUCUGAAUCCACAGAACUUCUAUUUUUCGAAGCUUUGUGAAGAUUUGAUAGAGUAUUGCGAGAAAAGAUACAACAAGUGGAGGGCAAUUCUGAAGCAGAAUUAUUUUAACACUCCUUGGUCUGUCAUUUCAGUCUUUGCCGCUAUUUUCCUGAUUCUGCUCACUGUUCUACAAGCUGUGUAUUCUGUUCUCCAAGUGCAGCUUAAAUCAAACGGGUGUUGAUUAUUGAAUCAUCACUACUCUUUCUGUUUCUUGUUAUCCUGUUAAUUCUCAUUCUAAGAAAAAACAUUUAAUAAUUUGUGUUAUGUAAAAAUCAUAUCAGAUCAUGAUAUCAUUCCAGUAAUAAAAAUUUUAUGUUCAUUUCUCUCUCUCA